AUGGGCCACUUCACGCGCGGCACACUCUUGGCCGUUUGGAAUGGCGCUCGGCCGGCCACUGUCACCUUCAACGGCCCGCAGGUAUACUGUUCGAGGGCUUCACUGUGGCCUAUGGACAUAUCUACUGGUCCUCGGUUCUCAAUUUCCAGCAAAAGGCACACAAGUCAAAGCAGUCCCCGAUACAAGACGCAAGCACGCGGCACAACACAGAGAAAUGUCGAUGACCGGCCGUGGCAUCGUGAGAGCAGUGCAUCGCUGCCCGAAUCAACCUCGCCAGACCCUACCGGAGGAGAUGAAACCAAAGGUCGUCUGCUGACUACUCCGACUCGGCUGCUCAAGCUCAUCCUCCCCAUUCCUUUUCACCCCGAACAAGAAUACAUCAAUUCUGACGAAUCCAAAACAAAGGAGCGGAAGAGGGGGUCGGUCGAGCCUCUGGCACUUCUCAUCCACCCGCAGCAGCCACUCUCCUACCUGGAGAGGCUCAUCCAGGCCGAAAUCCCACCUCUCCUGGUAAAGGAUGGCGAGAAGCUGCCUGAAAUUCUCUUCCGGGCCGAGGCAGACUACACAAGCGGCAACAAGAGUGGUGCGGGACAAAAUCCCAACAGCAACGGGUCCAAUGUUGCAUCCUACUCUGGUCUCGGGCGUGAGGGGCCAAGCAAAGGUGACACUCGCUGGGUCCGUUGGAGCGGAAGCACCGAGAUCGGCGAUUUCAUCAGGGACGCCGCUCGUGGUCGAGAGUUUUCCGUCACUAUCGAGGGACACUCCCAAGAGCUACGAGUCGCCGUGCCGAGCUUCAAGGACAGAACUCACUACAUGCGAAUGAGACUGCGGCGAAUGUCUCGGGACAUUGACCAGAUGGCAAGCGUGAAGCGAGAGUGCGAUCUGUUGGCGCACAAGGGUGCUCACGCACUCGCCAAGGGUGGUUUUGCAGCUUUGGCGACCUGGUGGGGAGUCGUUUACUAUGUGACAUUUCACACCGACAUGGGCUGGGACCUGGUCGAGCCCAUUACCUACCUCGCUGGACUGGCCAGUAUCAUGGGCGGGUAUCUGUGGUUCUUAUUCAUCAGUCGGGACUUGAGCUACAAGGCAGCUAUGAAUGUUACCGUCUCGAGACGGCAAAACGCUCUAUAUCAAGAACGAGGUUUCGAUCCAGCGAAAUGGGACCAGCUGGUGCAUGAUGCCAACGGCCUCCGAAGAGAGAUCAAGUUUGCCGCUACCGAGUAUGGCGUUGAGUGGGAUGAGAUGAGGGACUUGGGGGGCGAGGAAGUCAAGGAGGCAGUGGAAGAGGGGAAGAGUAGCAAGGAAAGGAAGCGGGAGCAGGAAGAGGAGGAUGAUGACGACGACCAUGAGGACCACGGCGGCGACCACGGCGGCCAAGGGCAUGGCCCCGGGCGUGAAAGCUAG